AUGGUCAUGGGGACCAAGCAGCUGAAUUCUCUCUUUUCCGCACCGCUUGGAAGGAACGCGCGGGGGAUAUUCAACUGGUCAAAUUCCAUGCAGACGUUGCGAAGAAGAGGGAAGUUCUCCUACACAACAAGAUGCACCCCCUCAAGGGGAAAAAAACACGCCGAGGAAAACAUCCCCAUGGAGGAACUAAAACAAUAUUUAUGUGCUGAAAAAAUACAUUCGGAAGAUUUCAAAAAAAUAAUAACCAAGUGUGUGCAAAUGAAUAAAGACAGUGACACACGUAUUGAAGAUUUAUUGCUCAUUUUAAUUUUGUUUACAAAAUUUUCCCCCCAUUUUAAGAAAACAUGCGGAGAUUCACUCCACGAUGAGAUUUGCCAUAAUAUAUUUAGCAGCAUAAAAUUAAAAGCACAUUAUUUAUACACAAGCAAAAUGCUCAUCCACACAAUGAACAUAUUGACCAAUUUACAAUUUAUUGACAACACACUUGUCCUUGCAUUCACAAAUAAAUGUUCCUAUUUUAUACAAAAUGAGGAAUACCAAGUGGAAGACUUGGUUCAUUUUCUUUCCAUUUUUAGUCGAAUUUAUUUGUUGAAAAAUGACCCUAAAUUCAUGAAAUUAAAAAGCUUCAAUUGGGUGCUAAUCAGAAAUAUAUGCAAUAAAUUGACAUACAAUUUUGACCGUUUUUUUUUAACCUACCAGGAUUAUGCAUACACACACAAGUUGAAGAAAAAAAUUCAUGAGCAGAUUAGGAAUAUGCACUCCGAGGGAAAAACCUCUCGACUGCCUUCACAUUGUAGUGGAAGCAUUUUAAAUAGGUUCGACACUGUUGACCCACGUGCCAAACGGGUCAAAAGUGGCAACUCGGAGCUUCAAAUAGGUGAUAAUUUCGGAGGGGGAUUCCCAUCUUUUACCUCCUUCAUAGAGUUCUCCCAAAAUUCUUCUAUCAAUGAACAUUUGGGUGAUACCCCUUUUGCGACUGCCCCCCAUGCCACUCCUUUUACAACGAUGGGCUCGUCCCUCAAUGGAGCUACUCCAAAUGAAUUCCCCCGUGACGUUUCACAGCUGGAUUCCUCACAAGAAAGGCACUAUCUUCUCGACACGCUUCUCAGCAUCAGCAGAAGCCUGAGGGAUUUGAAGUUCCCCCACAUGGGGCUGCUAAACGAGAUUGCCAGCAGGUUGCAGAGCCAUUUUUUGGAGGCAACCCAAGGGGAUGGGGUAGAAACUUGUGGCGAUGUUGAUGACGCCGCAUAUGACCUGUGUGAGGAGCGUGCUGACACCGACACAGACAUCGCCACCGCUACUGCCAGAAAAAUCUUUUACAUCAUGCAGUGCCACCUCUACCUGAAAGUGGACCAUCAUAUGCUGUACAAAAGCAUCCUGAACAAGUAUAGAAACCAACUGCCGAACGUGGGCAAUUUGGUAGUUCUGUUCUUCUUGCUGGCAAAAAAUAAAUUAUUCCCCUCCAAGACCAUCCACCUAUUUGAUGCAGCGUUUAGGGAAAAAAUAAGCCAAGGGCAGUAUGAUGAGAGGGACCUCUCCACCCUUUUAAACUCCUAUGCAAUGCACAAAUACAGGCAGAGGUUCGUCAUUCGGUUGAUACUUUCUCGUUUAGUCCCAAGCGGUGUCAGCCUUCAUCAGGGCCAUGACGGGGAUGAUGAGGAGUACUCCAAUCAUGAAGAUCAAGACACUUCCUCUUUUAAUCCCGGGGAGGUUCCCCUUCCCAGUGGGGGAAGUAAUGGGAAAGUCCCAAGUGGCAAGUGGAGGCAGGGCAUAAGUUGCAGGGAUGUCCGAAACGGCAGUGGUGAAGAUCCACAAACACCUAGCCUCAUGGUGGACCUUCCCGGAAAGGUAAAAAUACUCCACAGCUUGUUCAAAUUGGACAUAUACGAAGAGACGCUCAUCUUCGAAGUAUUCAAAUCGAUAAGCGAGGACAACAUAAAUCGUCUGGACUAUAAGGAGCUAGCCAAAUUGCUACUAACCAUGUGCUACUUCUCCAUCGACAAUGCGCAUGCAUACAAUUUAAUCAUAAAAAAUUUAAUAAAAUUUGACAUCAUUCUAGAUAAUGUAUACCUGACCCAGCUGAAGAUCUGCGAGCUAGCACUUCGAACAAGACACGUCCCAAAUGUGUAUGACCAACUGAAUGAGGAGUGCAUAGAGUAUAUGACGUUCAUAAAAGGUAAAGAAAAAGAUGCAGAGUAUCACAUUAAAUCUGAUUUACAAAAAGAAAUUAAGAACAUCCUUUUGACCUUCAAUUUAUGCAUGUCGGAGGAGAUAUCCCUUGGACCAUAUGACGUCGAUUUUGUGGAAGAAGACCAAACGUUUUUUCGAAUUUCGAGAAAUUAUCUUCUUCGCAGGGAUGGUAAAGCAUCAUCCAUUAUGUCGGGGGGGGUACCCCAUCAGAGUACCAAUUAUAAUGUGCCUAUAUCCCAUCAGCAGGAAUCCACAACGAUGAGUCACCUUCCAGAAAGCGACUCACGAAGUGGAAACCCUCAGAAAAGAAGAACCAAAUUGAUUGUUGAGGUAAACGGAGAACACCACUUUUAUAAGAACAGCAAGUCCUACACCGCACUGUCAAAGCUGAAGCACAAGUUAUUAAGCGACCUUGGAUACACGGUUAUCAACAUACCUUAUUUCGAGUGGGGACAGCUAACAACCAACUUGGAUAAAAAGGCCUAUAUUAAAAAAUUAAUUUCCGACAGCCUUAAUUUUGAGGUAGUGAAUGUUUUACCACUUAACCAGAAGAGUGAAUCGCUGGGGAGGAAAGAAAUGGAAAAGGUCGUUUCAACCAUUCGGCAGAGCAGACCAAGGACUGACUUCUUAACCGGCAUUGCCAAGUUGAGGGGGAGAAAUAAGUUGGCCUUUUUAAAGAGGAAACUUAAAAAUGUGUAG